AUGGCUUUAUGCUAAUUUUGUAGAAAGAAGAUAGAUGAGGACAAGAUAAUGUUGCAUGAAAUGUAUUGCGAAAGAAAUUGCAUUAAGUGCACUAGAUGCGGUUUAAUGUAUGAUCAAAAUGAUCCAGAAUCACAUGAAGAAGAAUUUCAUAAAUUACAAUAAUGUCCUCAUUGUAAACUUGAGUUCUAAGAUCUAAACAAACACUCGUGUUAAGAAGCACCCAUAAUUUGUAUUUAUUGUUAAUUAGGAAUUCCUUAAAGAUAAUUUACAGCACACGAAAUGCAAUGCGGUAGCAGAACAGAAAAAUGUGAAUCAUGCAAACAAUAUGUCAAAAUGAGUGAUUUUUAAAUUCAUCAGGAAAUCUGUGUUUAAAAGAAAUUCGAUAAGUUAGGAAGAGGAGAAAUACUAGAUGACUUUCCAUCUCUAGAAGAAGUGAAGCAAGCUAUAGUACCCCUAAAUUUCGAUGAGCAAUAUAAAAGAUAAACUUAAUAGAAAUAAGCUUAUCCCAAAUAACAAACUCAAUAACCUAUCGAACAUAGCUAUGUCCCUGUCAAAUCAUAAAAAAUAGAAUAUCCUAAUGACUAACAGUACGGUAUGCUAGAUAGAAGAGGAGAUUAGAGUAAAAAUGUUCCCACAAAUUAACUAAAAGAUGGGAAUUAUUAUAAUUAUAAUUAUAAUUAUAAUAAUUCAAGUAAUCCAAUCCCAGAUAAUUCCAGAAACAAAGAAACUUAUGCUCUUGCUCCAAAGUAAAAUCAAGAAAUUAAAAAUACUUAAGGAUUAAGAUCCACAUAUCAAACUUAAGAAAUUAAAUAACAAUCUGAUAGAAUUUAGAAUUCUGACUAACAAAUUGGAAAUCGAUAACAUAACAUUCCUAAAUAUGAUGAAAAAUACGAAAGAGAUAAGAAAUAUAUAUAAGAUAAUUAAAUUUAGACAAGACUUACUUAAUAAAUAAAUAAUACUUAGGAAGUUACUUCUUCUAAUGAUUAAAAAUCUUAUUAAUACUCUAAUAAUAUAAAGCAGCCUUCUAAUAAUCCGAACUAAAAUUAAAAAUAUUCUACCCAAUCUUAAAAUCCUCAAAAGUAUUAAUAGGAACGAGGUAGUCAAGAUAACUUAGAUAGCAGAUUCCCACAUACUCAAGACAGAAGUAACUAUGAUAUGUAUUCUAAAAAUGUAUCAGGUUAAAAAUAUGGUACAACUUAAACAUAAUAAAUUACUAAAACUUAUUAACCUACUUAAUAAAUGGAUUAAGUACUAUAUUCAAACUAAACAAACAAAUAUCCAUCUUCUUCUUUAGAACAGAAUAAAUUUUUAAAUCGUCAAACAAAAUAAGAACGACCUGAAAUUGGUUUAAAUAGUAGAGAUUAAAGAUAAACAAACAAUUAACGAGCACCUGUUGUUUAAAAACCAUUGGAUAUUUAAGAAAGAAAAGAAGACAAAAGGACUUUUGGUCCUACUCAAAAUCCUUAAUAUUAAUAAACCAAUCAGUUUUAUUAUUAGCGAAAUCCUGAUGCUCAUCAAGAAGCCACAUAUUCAAACCCUUCAUCAUAUCCGAAACAAACUGAAUAUUAACGAAAAUAUAAUGAAGUCUCAUAGAAAUCCACUUAUGAUUCUAAACCCCAAGAUUAUUAAUAAUAAAGAGAAUUAAAAACAAAACCAAUUGAAGCUAAAUAUGAGUUUGGUAAAAUAUUUGAUGAUAAACCUGAAAAUUAUCCUCCGAGUCAAGAUAGUAUAAUUGCCAAAACAUUACAAGAAUCAAUAUAUGCUGAUGAUCUGCAAAUGACACAAUCUUAAAUUAUGGAAUAAAAAUUAAUUUAUCAAUUGUUAGAGGAGAACGCCAAAAAAUAAGGGUCUGGAUAAAAUAAGCCAUAUCAAUAAGAGCAAAGAAUAGACCGCAAUGCUUAAACGAUUCUGCCUAAUGAAUUUGAUUAUCUAACAGAAGAAGAAAAACUAUUUCAAAAACAGUUACUUGAAAGUAUUGAAUAUUAAAAAAAAAGAUGGUGA